AAGUCGAAGCUGGCUGGCGAUGAUUUUCUGUGCCAGCACUUGGCAAGCGAAGCGGCAAAUGUUUUGUUUUCAUCAGUUACUUCAUCUCCAUGUGCCAAAUCAGUGAGUUGGGCCGAGAUUAAACGUACUUUUUAAAACACGGACUAGAAACCAAAUCCCGCCAUGAUUGCGCUAAAGCGCAUGCCACGUUUCCGCCUGCUACGCGCUCUGGCCACAAACCCCAAAUUCUCCACAUGCUCGUCGCGGCGGAUGUGCAAGGCGCAGCUAACCGCCGAGCCUGUGGUGGAUACGCUCAAGAGCGGAUCGCGUUUGUUGGGCCAGCCAACGAGCGCAACACAUCCACAUCUGAUAAGGCCGCACGAGCUGGUGCCGGGCAUCGAGCCAACCGAAUUUCAAACGCGUCGCACCCAACUCAUGCACAGCCUGCGCGCCUAUGCUGAAAGUUUUGGCGACAAAUUCAACGGUGGCAGCAACUCCAAAUCGCACAUGCUGGUGAUUGGAGCAGCGGCCAAGAAGUAUAUGAGUGGAAAGAUACCGUAUGUGUUCCGUCAAAGCUCUGACUUUUACUAUCUCACCGGUUGCCUGGAACCGGACUCGAUCCUAUUGCUAACCAUUGAUGAAUUAGACGUUGUGCAGUCGACGCUCUUCAUGCGACCCAAGGAUCCGUAUGCGGAACUAUGGGAUGGUCCACGCACAGGUCCCGACUAUGCCGUCCAAUUGUUUGGCGUCCAAGAGGCGUAUCCCAUCGACAGUUUCCACAAGAUGCUCGCGACACGUUUCACCCAGCUAAAGCCGCAUUUGUGGUUCGAUCUGAAACAAUCGGAGCAGCCCAAUGUGACGGAUGCCAUGCUCCAGGUGUGCAAUGCAGAGCGCACCCAACUGCUGCCCCUUCACACAUUCGUGGAGAACAUGCGGCUGAUUAAAUCGCCCGCCGAGAUGCAACUGAUGCGACGCACCUGCUCCAUUGCUUCGCAGGCCUUCAACGAGGUCAUUGCCGAGACGCGGCCAGGUCAGUCGGAGCAUCAGCUGUAUGCCGCCAUAGACUUUAAGUGCCGCAUGCGCGACGCCAGCUAUUUGGCCUAUCCGCCGGUGGUUGCUGCUGGCAAGAAUGCCACCGUUAUACACUAUGUGAAUAACACACAGCUGCUGCAGCCGCAGGAGCUCCUCCUCAUGGAUGCCGGCUGUGAAUACGGUGGCUAUACCAGCGACAUAACACGCACCUGGCCGAUCAGUGGACAGUUCACUGAGCCACAGCGCACCCUCUACGACAUGAUGGAGCAGCUGCAAAAGGAGGCAAUUGAGCUGAUUAUGCAACCUGGUGGAGAGACACUGGAUCAAUUGUUUGAGACAACAUGCUUCAAGCUGGGGAAAUAUCUGCAGGAAAUCGGUCUGGUGGGCAAGCAUGUCAGUGGGAUCAAGGAGCUGGCAACGCUCGGCUACAAGUUCUGUCCGCAUCAUGUGUCCCACUAUUUGGGCAUGGAUGUGCACGAUACGCCGCAUGUGCCGCGCAAUAUACGCCUCCAGCCGGGCAUGGUCUUCACCGUGGAGCCGGGCAUCUACAUUGAUGAGAAUCGCACAGAUGUGCCGGCCGAGUUCCGUGGCAUUGGCAUACGCAUCGAGGACGAUAUACUGAUCAAUGAGCGUGGCCAAAUUGAGGUGCUGACCGCCGCCUGUUGCAAGGAGCGUCGCACAAUCGAAGGUCUCUUCAAGUAGAGUACCCUCAUCCGUCGGCCUACCAAAUUCCUAGUCAUAAUUAAUAAUUAAAGCUAGCAUAGAAUUUUCGGAAUAGAUGUGAUCAAAAAGACGAUAACAGCUCCCAAGCAGCGACUGGGCCAAUCUAGUUAGAUGUUUGAUAUAUAAUGUGGAUAUGAAAUGCAAAUAAAAUGAAAUUACAUUUGAUUCGUUCAAGUUUA